UGAGGCUGGAGGGGGCUAGGAGAAGGUACUAGGCUGGAGAGCCCAGUGGAACAGUGGCGCUUGGGCGUUCCAGUGAUCAACAUGCGCGCCUACACCUCUGUCUUAGCUCUACUCUGCAUCUGCUGCAUAUCAGUGAGCCAGGGAGCUGUUGAGUACUACGGAAAGUUCAUCGCACCUCUGUCUAACUACCACCACGAAGUCAGCGGUGAUGUGUACGCUGUAGAUGCUCGCACGCUGCACAUCCGAAACUUCAACUACGACGGCCAGGGCCCAGCCGCUUAUUUCUAUGUGGGGCAUACAAAAGUUGUGAACGGAAAUGGUCAUCGUCUUCAAGAUGAGAGGGGAAUGUCACAACCCCUCAAGAGGUACCGUCGUCGCCACAUCACCCUUACCUUGCCAGAGGGUAAAACGCUCGCUAACAUCAAGUGGUUUGCCGUCUGGUGUGAUGAGGCUUCGGUUAACUUUGGCGACGUAAAGAUCCCCAAGAACCUAGACUUCCCGAGGCCCCAGAAACUUGCUCAGCUUAACGGUGUGCACGCUGUCUCCUCCGAGCCCGUUGUUGUGGUGGACGCGCAGACUCUGCUCAUACCUUCCUUCUCAUAUGACGGCGAAGCUCCAGACGCCAAGUUCUGGGUGGGCCGAGGCAGCAAGCCUAGUCCCCAGGGUAUCAGAGUCCCUGACGAGAAUGGCAAGGAGAUCCCUCUGAGGCGAUACGACAGGAAGACCAUCGUCUUGACCCUGCCAGGGGACCUCACUGUGUUCGAGAUUGGCCACUUCGGUGUCUGGUGCGAGGCCUUCACUGUAGACUUUGGCCACAUUCAGAUCCCCUCCGGUCUUAACGUCCCUCCUUCCCUCAAGAUGCUCGGGGUCUCGCCCCAGUCUAAACUUAACUGUGAAGUUCUGCAUGAAGACUUAGCUUUCGAGGUCCGUUGGGCAGUUGCCGGAGACAGCAUCGUAGUCCAACUGGUAGCCAAGCUAGAGAAUGGAGAGUACAUGUCGUUCGGAGUGUCGGGCCACGAGAGGAAGAACCAGAUGAUAGGAGCCGACGUGGUGGUAGCCUGGGUGGACCACGCCACGCUCAACGGUUACGCCGUGGACUACUUCUUGGAUGACAAGAGUCAGUGUUCCGGUACCCGGGGAAGCUGCCCAGACUACAGGAUUGAGCCGGACAACACCAGCAGUGUUCGACUGCUGAAUGCUGCCCUUGUUAACGGCUACUCCAUAGUCACCUACCAGAGGCCACUGAGGGCUCACGACUCUCUAGACAGACCCAUCCUCACCAACACCAGCCAAGCUGUCAUCUGGGGAGUCGGCCCUCUCAACCAGAAACAGGAAGUCUCUUUCCACUCUGUGUGGUCUAAAGAAAACAUUUUGCUGGACUUUGGGCGGACUCCGCAAUGGAAUUGUCCCAUUCCCGAGUCGGAUGCUGCCCUGGCUGCCUCUACCCAUGAACAGCCUGAGGACGUCCACGGGGCGUCGUCCACUGCCCAUGGCCAGGACAACACCCACGGACAGGUUGUCGGAGACUUGCACCAGACACCACCUCCCCCCGCGGCAGCCGUCAGACAGUCCGAUGCUUGGGAGAUUCCACCCAUCCAGUGUAACGAACCAGACGACGGAGUCUUCUACGCCCAGAUGGGACCUACGGGAGGAAAGCGAGGCUACCCGUCAAUCACCAAGCAUGUCGGCUGGGGUAUCAGCUACUACAUCAACGGGCUGCUGAUCCCCGAGAUCAACGUGGUCCGUGGUAAGACGUACACGUUCGUGGUGGAGGGAGGAUUGGACCCCAGCAUUCCCGCCAAAUACCAUCCCUUCUACAUCACAGACGACCCCGUGGGAGGAUAUGCCAACAAGAGCCCCGAGGAGCAGAAGAAAGUUCGUAUCUUCGCUGGAGUCGAGCAGACUCGUAGUGGAGUUUUAGUGCCAACUGGGGUAGGCCGCCUCUGUAACUGGACCCCAGAUCCCGAGCAGCCACCUGCAGAUGAGUUCGUCUCCUUCGGCGCCUACCAGAGGACUUUGACUCUCAUAUGUGACCACGGCGAGCCUGGUGUCAUACAGUGGACCCCUGACGAAGACACUCCUGACACGGUUUUCUACCAGUGCUUUACUCAUCGUCACUUGGGCUGGAAAAUCAACGUUCACGAUCGCUGCGACUUACCUGUGGUGUCUGCAAGUGAACCAGUAGAAACAAGAGUGAAAUAUGAACCGGAUGAGGACGAACUCGAAUCCCACCCAAGUCAAAGGGUAGCCACCAGAAUCAAACCUGAAGGUCCAAACUACCUACCUCUUGUAUCAAAUGUUGGUUUGAAGAACCAGGAUUUAAUGGCUGAGUAUAAGAAAAACUUUGCUCAAAUUCCAGUUAACUUCCAGGUGUCCCCAGAUCAAAAGUAUGAGUUGCAGCACGGAAUCCCAAGUAAUCACAAAUAUCCUGCAAGUACAAUGGAUGUGUAUAUAAACAAGCAGAUAGAGAGCUCAACUGAGGACGGCAGAGAGAUGAUUCCAGUUAGCGAAGAUACCAGUCAAGACGUAUCGACCGAGCGCAACAGACCGAUCCUACCCCAAGGCCAAGAUAAAUACAACGUAAGUGAAACAAAUCACCACCAACAGCAGGAAUCAUACAAACCUGCAUUUAACAGAAAUCCUCAUCCACAUGGUAUGAGACCUGGGCCCCACCAGAGACGACCAGUUAUGUCAACUAUGACUAUCAUUAGACCUCAUAGAAGGCCAGCACCUCACCAUCAUAUGAUGAUGGUUGCGAAGCCUGUGAUGCACCGUCCUUACACCCUGAUGUCAGCUCCUUCUCAGUACCGCCCAGUUUAUGUAAAGAAGCCGAUCUAUAGGAUGCCAGCUGUUUCAAUGCAUCGUCCAGUGAUGAUGGUUCCUCAGUCUGUUCACGCAGAGACAGUGAUGAUGCCACCUCGUGCGCCUAUAACUCAAUCUCACUCUCCGGUCACAAAGACAGUAUCAGUUUCAUACUCAUCAUCUAAAGGAAAAGUAAAGCCUCAAAUACCUAUGCAAAUGAAGAGUGAACCGAGUGAAAAUAAGAAAUACAUUUUACCACAACAUAAACCAUACAAACCAGAAAAUUCUGCUCCUCAGUACAAGAUAUCCCAAUCAAUUACUACGGGGGGAUUCAACCCCGGAUCAUUAGUGAUAGAAGGUGGUUUUAAGCCAAUCAUUCAGAACACACAAGAAGCUCAAGACAGGAUAUCAGAAACCGAGGAAACAGAUGAUACUGAAGGAACGAUCGAUCUUACAGCUGACGAAAUACCUAAAGAAAUAAAUAUAGACACAAAAGCUACUGAAUAUUUUGAGCCUAUGUUUAUCCCUUCUCCUCCCGAUAGUAUGCAGAAACACGCUAAGAAACCAACAGGUCUAGAGUAUGACGUUUUAGACAAAAAGAAGGCAUACACCAGUAGAAAACCUGUUAGACAAAACAUGAUUGUCAUAAGGAGACGACCGAUUAGUCCUUCAUCUAGGUCACAGGAAGAUAGUUUGGAUGAAACUCCAAUGGCAGCUGAGAGGAUGGAUACUUAUUAUCUUCCUCCGUCGGGUCCUAUCUACGGAGUGUCCCAGUCCGGCCAAGUAGCGAUUCCCGCCAAUAUUGACAGUGGAACUCCCACUCUGUUGACAUAUGAUGGCAAACCUGUGUCAGGAAACAACGUUGUCCCCCCACCUCUUAACCAUGGUACAUUAAAACGGAAGUCUUCCUCAGCUGAACUUCUCAGGAGCACUCCCCAAUUCGGUCCCUUUAGAGGUGAUGUCCCUCCCCCUGUACCUGACAAUAUCCGCCCAGAAAACAUCCCACAGUUAAAAUUUAAAUCUGAUAAGAGACCAGCUCAUGCCAUGGCUCUAACGUUAAACCCUGCACCUUCAACUCCUCAAGGAAGAACACAGCUGUCUGUCAUUAGGCCAGUUGAAGAAGAAGAGGAUGCUGAUGGACUGAUUCCCGAGGCUUCGGAACUAGAAGAGUACAAAUAUGAUGUAUCAGAAGGAGACGAUAGCUCAACUGGAAAAGAUAACGUCAUUAUAGUUUUGGCUGAAACUUUAAAAAACGGAACGGCCAUGACGCAAGACGACAGAGAAGUACAUUCCACGAAGGAAACAAGUAAAGAUGUAGGAGAAAAAUCUCACGUUCAAAAAAGAGAUAGAAGGUCUGCUCAUAACGUUCCAGUAAGUGGAGACGACUCUGAUGAGAUGCACCACAAUCAUGAUCAUCAUAAAAUGAUGGAGAACGGAACCCUGUCAAGAAACGAUGGUCUCAGGAUAACGACAAAACCCACCUUCGUAAUUGUUAAUUUGUUAUUUUUUGUUUAUUAUAUGUUAUAAAUAAUGUUUCAUGAAAACGAUAUUACUCAUUGACUUUGGUAAAUUACCUAUGUCAAUAAAAUACUCAUUUGUAACGUUGAGACUAGACAAUAUGUAGCUGAAACUAUGUCAUGUGACUGUAUGAUUGAAGUAUUUUAAAAUGUGUGAGUCAGUCCAACAGCUGAUUGAUUUUUACCGCUCGUAAUUAAGUUGUAUAUAAAUAUAUGUUUGUAAAAAGAAUGUUAAAUAAACAUUCGAAUUUUCUAGUA